AGGAAACCGGGUAUUCGGUCGGCGGACACUUACCAGGCGACAUGGCUCAGGGCAGCGGCAAGUCCGUGUUAUUCGUGUGUUUGGGUAAUAUCUGUCGAUCUCCCAUAGCUGAAGCUGUUUUUCGGAAGUUGGUUACUGAUGCUGGAAUAUCUAAAGAGUGGACUAUAGACAGUGCAGCAACGUCAACAUAUGAAAUAGGGAACCCACCGGAUUAUCGAGGGCAAGCCUGCAUGAAGAAUCAUGGCAUCCCAAUGAGCCACACAGCCAGGCAGAUUACAAGCAAUGACUUUCUUUCUUAUGACUAUAUCCUGUGUAUGGAUGAAAGUAAUCUUCGAGAUCUGAAGAAAAAAGGUGGCCAGGUGCAGAACUGCAAAGCUAAAAUUGAACUGCUUGGUAGCUAUGACCCACAAAAAAAGCUCAUUAUUGAGGAUCCCUACUAUGGUAGGGACGAGGAUUUUGAGACCGUUUAUCAACAGUGUGUUCGAUGCUGCAAAUCAUUUUUGGAAAAGUCCUCUUAGCCGCAAGCAUAAGAACAAAAAAAGUGAGACGGAAGACUAAUCUUCAUUUAUUCUCUGCUGUUUCACCAUGUUCAUUUCUUAGCGUUUUACCAGGAAGCCAAACUGCUGUUCCGUACAAAAUGUUGUAAAGAGUUUGUGUUCCUCUGUCGGGGCAUCAAAAUAAUAUUUCCUUCUUUGUGAUUCUAUAAAUAAAGAAGUUUUAAUAUA